AUGUCUCCUCCCCAAACACCAUCGCCCACUGAUUCCAAUGUCUACCACCUCUCCCUACGUGACACAUUCUACAAACAAAACAUUAUCAACAUCGAAGACAACAUCAUUGUCGAAACCACUCUCCUGUCUCUCCCUCACACAGAAGAAAUAGAGAACCAGCUAGCCAAAGAACCUGCGCAUAUCACCACCCCCAUCCUAUCCCAAAUCCAUAUCAUACGCAGCACUGCCAAGUUAGAGCUCAAACUCAAUGAAAUCGAAGAUGAUGCCCUCAAACUAUCCUGCCAACACAUCCAGAGACGCAUUCACUCUCUCAUGAUUCAGCUUCUUCCUGGUUCUUUUAUCAGUCGCCUGCCAAGCGCUGUUACUAGCGUUACCACCAUUGAUGUACCUGCUCCAAGUCCACCUAGAGAAAAUUCUCAACCCUUACCCCUUCCCCCACCAAACAAAAUCUACACCAGAAAAACCCACAAAGGAGCAGUCGUCCACGGAGUGACUAAAGCCAAGUCCUCUAAAGGAAAGAAACGCAAGGUAAUCAACCUCACUGACCCUUCCUCCUCUACCAUCACGAUAAAACAACCCAACCUCUCCACGGACAAUUUUGUCUGCCGCCAAUGCAAGGCCCAAGCACCUGGCCAUUUUUCUAUCUACUGCCCGUAUGCUCCGAAGAAAGAGGAGUUUCCAUUGGUCUACACUGACGAAGGGUUUUAUGAUGCCUUGGCUGAAUGGGAAGCUAGGGAGGACCAGAAGCUUGAGGAAGAGCUAGAAUGUGCCCACCAUGAGUAUACAGUACAGCACAGAUGCUCUGCUGAAGAGGACAUCCUCUUUCACAACACGGAAGCUGACCCCUGCUACUACGACAACAUGGACAAUUAA